CUAAAAAAUUCAGCUGUGAUUUUGGAGGCCUCAAGAGGUGAAGGGGGACACGUCAAAGCUUAAGGCCCUCCACAGGUGGAGACUGUGGCCAAUCAUGCCCCUCUUUUAGCUGGGACCACAAAGGGCUUCCCCGUUAAGGUGCGGGCAAGCCAGAGUAAACAAGUCCACGCACAAACUUGCAAAGCAGGCUGUGAGCAUGGGAGGGCCUGGGGAUGAAGGUGUCCUGACCUGUGAACACCCCCAAGCACCUAACAGAAGUUACUGACAGUCCUCGCUGGAAGAAACACCGGUAAGUUAGACUGAAAUGAUCCCUGCAGGUAAUUUUUCCAACACCAACAUCCAGCGCACAGCCAGAAAUAAAUAGGAGCAAGGAAAUAAGCGACUAUGAACAAGAGCCGGCAGAAAUAACAAACAGUAGAGAAAGAUCCACAAAGACUUCAAAGGUCGGAAUUAUUAGACACAGACUAGAGAAGUUCUGCUUGCUUUGCUCAAGAAAAGAAGCAGCCAACCUUGAAAAAUUAGACAGCGAAUGGGAAACUUUAAAGACGUUAUGAUUUAAAAACGAACCACAUAGAAAUUCCACUCUAAAAUAAAAAAAAAAUACAAAUAGCCAAAAUGAAGAACACAAUGGAUGGUUUGAGGAAUCCUGUGCCUGUCUAGGAGAGGGAAGGUGUGAGCUGCAGGGAAAGUCGGGAGGAACUGUGAGUACCGCAUGGAGAGAGGAAAGCUGGGAAGUGUCAGGGAGAAGGUGGAGACUGGACGCCGCAGGCAGAGGGAGCACACCUUUCAUCGGAGCCCUAAAGGAAAGGAGAGAGAAAGCAGCAAAGGCAACAUGUGAAGAGAUUAGGGCUAGUUCUGGAACUAAGGAGAAACAGCCUUUCACAGAGCAGCGGGAAGGGACGGACUUGUCCAUAAACUGCUCUGGAGCAAUGAGGUGCCCGUGUGGAAAACAGGCGUUUGGGCCACUGCCUCACGCCGCGUGAGAACGUUGCCUCCGGGCGAGCUGCAGCUAGGCUGACCUUUUGUCGUCUACCAGACAGAAUGCACACUUUGGCCAGGGAAAGGUGGGUGCUAACCAGAGGUGGGCACCAGGCCUGGAAGAGUAUCAGAAACACGGCUCUGGUAAAGUGAAGCAGGCACAAGAGAACGAAGACAGAUCCACUAACAUAACAUGUUUCGGUUUGUCUGUUUUUGAGACAGGGUCUCGCUCUGUCGCCCAGGCCGGAGUGCAGUGGCACAGUCUCAGCUAACUGCAACCUCUGCCUCCAGGGUUCAAGGGAUUCUCCCACCUCAGCUGGGGUUACAGGGACCUGCCACUACAGCCCAGCUAAUUUUUGUAGUUUUAGUAGAGACGGGGUUUCACCAUAUUGGUCAGGCUGGUCUCGAACUCCCAACCUCAGGUGAUACCCCCGCCUCGGCCUCCCAAAGUGUUGGGAUUACAGGCAUGAGCUACCGCACUAGGCCCACUAAUAAAACAUUUAAAAGCAGGCACAUUAAAUGCUGUUGAGGGACUCUGUGUAGGGAAUAAGAAGUUAAAAAGUUAGGAAGUUAGAAGUUGGGAGUGUGCUGACCUCUGGAGACGGGGACACAGUCUCAGCCAGCGACGACCUCGGAGGCUGUGGGUGCCGCAGAGCCUGGAUUUGGCCUUAGCGGUACUUACAUGGUGCUGACUUUAUCCUUUACAACACAGCUUUGUGUUUUAUGCGCUUCUUUAUCUAUAUAUUUUAUCUCACAAAUUCUUUCAGUUUAAAAAAGUAAAGCAAAAACAAAGACACCCAAGUUUCCGUCCCCCACCAGCCCGGCCCGUGGCAAGCUGGACGUUGGUUGAGGAGGAGGAACCAGAAGCUGAGAGGCCAGUCAGGAGACUGUUGCAAGAGAGCUGGGCCUGGCUUACAGCUGGAGCUCCAUCGGUGCUUUGCUUCCUGUGACUGAAUGAAUGACGAAAGGUCGGGGUUUCUACACCCAGCCGCGUGGAUUGAGGGGCCUGGUGGCUCAUCUCUCCAGCCCCACUGUCUGCUGUUUCCCAAGUCAGACUUCUCCCGCCAAAUAAGCCCACCUUUCUUUAAACUUCCCUUUGACCCAAGGCCCUGGUCUCCUCGAGAGGAAGUGGUCUGGCACGUUCACCAACAGCGAAGGUGGGAAUGACCCACAAUCAUGGGGCGGUCGGCUCCCUCAAAGAGAGGACCCAGGAGAGGCCGUGGCUCCCGCCGGGGCAGCUGUCCUGCUGAGCAGCUUCGGUCUUCGAGAACCUGGACUCCUCAGACUUGAUGGAGACACCUGCCUUUCCCACUGUGAUGAAGUUACUGGAGGUGCAACACCAGGAGCUCCAGGACUGUCUGAUCAAGCACACCAUCCUCAUCAGAGGGGAAUUUGUCACCAGGCCCCUGAACAUCGCCCAGGCUGCUGACCGGAGGGACGCCUUUGUCAAGGGCAUCUACGGGCACCUCUUCCUGUGGAUUGUCAAGAAGAUCAAUGCUGCCAUCUUCACUCCACCAGCCCAGGACCCCAAAAAUGUGCGGAGGGCCGUCGGCCUCCUGGACAUAUUUGGCUUUGAAAAUUUCAAGAACAAUAGCUUCGAGCAACUUUGCAUCAACUUCGCCAAUGAGCACCUGCAGCAGUUCUUUGUGCAGCACGUGUUCACCAUGGAGCAGGAGGAGUACCACUCGGAGAACAUCUCCUGGGACUAUAUCCACUACACCGACAAUCGGCCCACCCUGGACCUGCUGGCCCUCAAGCCCAUGAGUGUCAUCUCCCUCCUGGACGAAGAAAGCCGCUUCCCAAAGGGUACAGAUCUCACCAUGCUGCAAAAACUGAACAGUGUCCACACCAACAACAAGGCCUUCCUACAACCCAAGAACAUCCAUGAUGCCAGAUUUGGCAUUGCCCAUUUUGCUGGCGAGGUAUACUACCAGGCAGAAGGCUUCCUGGAGAAGAACCGAGACGUGCUGAGCACGGAUAUCCUCACCUUGGUAUACUCCUCCAAAAACAAGUUUCUGAGGGAAAUAUUCAACCUGGAGUUAGCAGAGACCAAGCUGGGCCAUACCAUCCGCCAGGCAAAGGCAGGAAACCAUCUCUUCAAGUCUGCAGACUCAACCAAGCGGCCCUCCACCUUGGCAGGCCAGUUCAAACAGUCUCUGGACCAGCUAAUGAAAAUUCUGACCAACUGCCAGCCUUACUUCAUCCGCUGCAUCAAACCCAAUGAGUAUAAGAAGCCGCUGCUGUUCGACCGGGAGCUGUGCCUGCGGCAGCUUCGAUACUCAGGAAUGAUGGAGACCGUGCGCAUCCGCAAGUCUGGUUUCCCGAUCCGCUACACGUUCCAGGAGUUCUCACAGAGGUUCGGGGUGCUGCUGCCCAGCGCCGUGCGGAUGCAGCUGCGAGAUAAGUUCCGCCAGAUGACCCUGAGCAUCACUGACAUGUGGCUGCAGACUGACAAAGACUGGAAAGUGGGGAAGACCAAAAUUUUCCUGAAGGAUCAUCAGGACACUCUGCUGGAGGUACAGAGAAGCCAGGGGCUGGAUAGAGCAGCCCUCCACAUCCAGAAAGUCCUGCGGGGCUACAGAUACAGGAAGGAGUUCCUGAGGCAGAGGCGAGCAGCCGUGACCCUGCAGGCCUGGUGGAGAGGCUACUGCAACAGGAGGAAUUUCAAGCUGAUCCUCGUGGGCUUUGAGCGCCUGCAGGCUAUGGUCCGGAGCCAGCUGCUGGCAAGGCAAUACCAGGCCAUGCGGCAGAGGAUGGUCCAGCUGCAGGCCCUGUGCAGGGGAUACUUGGUGCGCCAGCAAGUCCAGGCCAAGAGGAAGGCAGUGGUGGUCCUUCAGGCCCAUGCCAGAGGCAUGGCUGCCCGGCGAAACUUCCAGCAGAGGAAAGCCAGUGUACCGCUGGUCAUCCCGGCUGAGGCCCAGAAGAGCCAAGGCGCUCUCCCUGCCAAGAAGCGCAAAUCUAUCUAUGACACUGUCACCGACACAGAGAUGGUGGAGAAGGUGUUUGGCUUCCUCCCUGCCAUGAUCGGGGGCCAGGAGGGUCAGGCCCCACCGCGCUUUGAGGAUCUAGAAUCAAAGACCGAGAAGCUGCCUGAGGUUGACCUGGACGCAAUCCCCAUGGUGGAGGAGCCUGAGGAGGAUGUGGAUGGCCUGGCUGAGUACACCUUCCCCAAGUUUGCUGUGACUUACUUCCAGAAGUCAGCCAGCCACACCCACAUCCGGCGGCCCCUCCGAUACCCGCUGCUCUAUCACGAAGAUGACGCCGACUGCUUGGCCGCCCUGGCCGUGUGGAACUUCAUCCUGAGGUUCAUGGGCGACCUCCCAGAGCCAGUUCUGUAUGCGAGGAGCCGCCAGCAGGGCGGCUCAGUAAUGCCGCAGAUCCAAGACACGCUGGGCAGGGGGCGUGGUGCCCAAGCUCUACAGCAUGGUGGAUCUGCACAGAGACCUGGCCGCAAGGCCAAAGGAACCAAGGAUAUCUCCUCCAUGAAGCUGAAGCGGUCCUCCCGGCUCACGGGCCAGGUGGCCAGCCAGCUGAGCAUUGGAGAGGAGGCAUUGGAGCCUGAUGGCCUUAGUGCAGAUCGGCCCAUGUCCAACCUGGAGAAGGUGCACUUCAUCGUGGGCUAUGCCAUCCUGCGGCCCAGCCUCAGGGAUGAGAUUUACUGUCAGAUCUGCAAGCAGCUCUCGGAGAACUUCAAAACAAGCAGCCUGGCCCGGGGUUGGAUCCUGCUCAGCCUCUGCCUUGGCUGCUUCCCACCCUCAGAGAGGCUCAUGAAGUAUCUACUGAACUUCAUUGGCCAAGGGCCGGCGACCUAUGGGCCUUUCUGUGCUGAGCGCCUGAGACGCACCUAUGCCAAUGGGGUGCGUGUGGAGCCCCCUACCUGGCUGGAGCUGCAGGCUGUCAAGUCCAAGAAGCACAUCCCCAUCCAGGUCAUCUUGGCCACUGGAGAGAGCCUGACUAUCCCCGUGGACUCAGCCUCCACAUCUCGGGAAGUGUGCGUGCACAUCGCUCACAAGCAGGGCCUCAGCGACCACCUGGGCUUCUCCCUCCAGGUCGCCGUGUAUGACAAGUUCUGGUCCCUGGGCAGCGGGCGCGACCAUGUGAUGGAUGCCAUUGCCCAGUGUGAGCAGCUGGCCCAGGAGAGGGGCGAGAGCCACCGCCAGUCACCCUGGCGCAUCUACUUCCGGAAGGAAUUCUUUACCCCCUGGCACAACUCCCAGGAGGACCCCGUCAGCACUGAGCUCAUUUACCGCCAAGUCAUCCACGGAGUCUGGUCUGGCGAGUACAGCUUCGAGAAGGAGGAAGAGCUGGUGGAGCUGCUGGCCCGGCACUGCUACGUGCAGCUCGGCGCCUCAGCAGAGAGCAAGGCUGUCCAGGAGCUGCUGCCCAGCUGCAUCCCCCACAAGCUGUACAGGACCAAGCCCCCAGACAGGCCCCAUAUACCCAGAAGCAAGCCACACCACUGGCCGUGCGAGAGCAGGUGGUGGACGCCGCCCUCCUGCAGUGGCCGCUGCUCUUCUCCCGGCUCUUUGAAGUCAUCACGCUCUCGGGUAAUGGCAUCUGGUGAGGGGCAGGGAGCAGGUGCCGUCUGGGCACCCAGGGAUCCCAUGCACCCUUCACACUGCCGUCUCUCCCGGCCAGGCUCCCGCCUGCCCAAGACGAAGCUGAUAUUGGCUGUUAACUGGAAGGGGCUGUGCUUCCUGGACCAGCAGGAGAAGACGCUGCUGGAACUUUCUUUCCCAGAGGUCAUGGGUCUGGCCACCAACAGGGAGGCCCAGGGCGGGCAGAGGCUGCUGCUCUCCACGAUGCACGAGGAGUACGAGUUCGUGUCGCCUAGCAGCGUGGCCAUCGCUGAGCUGGUGGCCCUGUUCCUGGAGGGCCUGAAGGAGAGGUCCAUGUUCGCCAUGGCCCUGCAGGACAGGAAGGCCACAGAUGACGCCACCCUCCUGGCCUUUAAGAAGGGGGACUUGCUGGUCCUGACAAAAAAGCAGGGGCUGCUGGCCUCUGAGAACUGGACCCUUGGCCAGAACGACAGGACAGGCAAGACGGGGUUGGUGCCCACAGCCUGCCUCUACACCAUCCCUACGGUCACCAAGCCCUCGGCACAACUGCUGAGCUUGCUCGCCAUGUCACCAGAGAAGCGGAAGCUGGCAACCCAGGAGGGGCAGCCUGCAGAGCUACAGACCAAGGAGCCACCCAAGGAAAAGCCACACACCCUGGAGGAAUUUGCCUACGAGUUCUUCAGGGCUCCAGAGAAGGAGACAGGGAGCAGAGCCAUGCUGCCCCUUUCCCGUGCCCGCGGCCAUCUGUGGGCCUAUUCCUCCGAGCCACUUCGACAGCCACUGCUCAAGCAAGUCCAUGCCAACAUCGACCUCUGGGACGUCACCUGCCAAAUCUUUGUCGCCAUCCUCCGGUACAUGGGCGACUACCCGUCUCGGCAGGCCUGGCCCACUCUGGAGCUCACCGACCAGAUCUUCAUGCUGGCCCUGCAGCACGAGGCCCUGCGGGACGAGGUCUACUGCCAGAUCCUGAAGCAGCUGACGCACAACUCCAACAGGCACAGUGAGGAGCGAGGCUGGCAGCUGCUGUGGCUCUGCACAGGCCUCUUCCCACCCAGCAAGGGGCUGCUGCCCCACGCCCAGAAGUUCAUAGACACUCGGAGGGGGAAGCUGCUGGCCCCCGACUGUAGCCGCCACAUCCAGAGGGUCCUGAGGACAGGGCCUCGGAAGCAGCCCCCGCACCAGGUGGAGGUGGAGGCGGCAGAGCAGAACGUCUCCCGCAUCUGCCACAAGAUCUUCUUCCCCAAUGACACCAGCGAGAUGCUGGAAGUGGGUGCCAACACGCGGGUGCGGGAUGUGUGUGACAGCAUUGCCACCAGGCUGCAGCUGGCCUCCUGGGAGGGCUGCAGCCUCUUCAUCAAGAUCGCAGACAAGGUCAUCAGCCAGAAGGAGGGAGACUUCUUCUUUGACUCCUUGAGGCAGGUGUCUGACUGGGUGAAGAAGAACAAGCCCCAGAAAGAAGGGGCCCCCGUGACACUCCCCUACCAGGUGUACUUCAUGCGGAAAUUGUGGCUUAACGUAGCCCCAGGGAAGGAUGUGAACUCGGACACCAUACUCCAUUACCACCAGGAGCUGCCCAAGUACCUGCGUGGGUUCCACAAGUGCUCGCAGGAGGACGCCAUCCACCUGGCGGGCCUCAUCUACAAGGCCCAGUUCGACAAUGACCGGUCCCAGCUGGCUAGUGUCCCCAAGAUCCUGAGGGAACUGGUGCCCGAGAACCUCACACGCCUGAUGUCCUCGGAGGAGUGGAAAAAGAGCAUCCCUCUGGCCUAUGACAAGCACAAGGACAAGACCGUGCAGGAGGCCAAGGUGGCCUUCCUGAAGUGGAUCUGCCGGUGGCCCACCUUUGGGUCAGCCUUCUUUGAGGUGAAGCAAACCUCGGAGCCCUCUUACCCUGACAUCAUCCUCAUCGCCAUCAACCGACAUGGGGUUCUGCUCAUCCACCCCAAGACCAAGGAGCUGCUCACCACCUAUCCCUUCACCAAGAUCUCCAGCUGGAGCAGCGGCAGCACCUACUUCCACAUGGCGCUGGGAAGCCUGGGACGCGGCAGCCGCCUGCUGUGUGAGACCUCCCUGGGCUACAAGAUGGAUGACCUGCUGACUUCCUAUGUGCAGCAGCUCCUGAGUGCCAUGGACAAGCAGAGGGGCUCCAAGGCCCCAGCCCUGGCCAGCACCUAGCGGCAGAUGCUGGCAUGUCCGCUCAGGCUCCUUCCUGACCUCUAGCCUGGCAGCACCUUCCCAGGCCCCCUCAGCCCAGGGCCUGUCCUCGGCUGGCAGCGUUCCAUGCCACUCCCCACACAAAGCCCACUCGGCCUUCCAGACAGCCCCGUCUGUCUCAAACACUGCUCAUGGAGGCCAAAAGACCGGCUCAGAGUGGGGUCGGGAGUCUUGGACCCCCAGGCUGUUGGUGGAUGGCUGAGAGUUCCCCCCCACCCCACCAGAAUGUUUAAUAAAAACCCCUGGAGAGAGGAA